GCCGGCGCGGGUCACGUGGGGGCGCGGCCCAAGACAGUUGCGGCGGCGGUGACUGGGGCGGCGGUCGCGCGGGUCUGCCAGCAGCGGCUUGGAGACUGCGCUGCCUCUGCAGGACAUCUUUUUUCUUGCUUUUUAGAGAGAGAGGAAGGAGGAGAGAGAAACAUCAAUGUGACAGAGAAACAUCUAUUGGUUGCUUCCCAUACACGCCUGGACCGGGGAGUGAACCUGCAACCUAGGCUGCCAUGGCUGCCGUUGACAGCUUCUACCUCUUGUAUAGGGAAAUCGCUAGGUCAUGCAAUUGCUACAUGGAAGCUCUAGCCUUGGUUGGAGCCUGGUAUACAGCCAGGAAAAGCAUCACCGUCAUCUGUGACUUUUACAGCCUCAUCAGGCUGCACUUUGUCCCUCGUCUGGUGAGCAGAGCAGAUCUUGUGAAGCAGUAUGGGAGAUGGGCAGUCGUGAGUGGUGCAACAGAUGGGAUUGGAAAAGCCUAUGCAGAAGAGUUAGCAAGCCGUGGCCUCAAUAUCAUCCUGAUUAGUCGGAACCAAGAGAAGUUGCAGAUGGUUGCUAAAGACAUUGCUGACACCUACAAAGUGGAAACCGAUAUUAUAGUGGCAGACUUCAGCAAUGGCCGUGAGAUCUACGACCCAAUUCGAGAAGCCUUGAAAGACAAAGACAUUGGCAUCUUGGUAAAUAAUGUGGGUGUAUUCUAUCCCUACCCUCAGUAUUUCACUCAGGUCUCCGAGGACAAACUCUGGGACAUCAUAAAUGUAAACAUUGCUGCGGCUAGUUUGAUGGUCCACAUAGUGCUACCGGGGAUGGUGGAGAGGAAGAAGGGCGCUGUUGUCACCAUCUCUUCUGGCUCCUGCUGCAAACCUACCCCCCAGCUGGCCGCCUUUUCUGCUUCUAAGGCUUAUUUAGACCACUUCAGCAGAGCAUUGCAGUAUGAAUAUGCUUCUAAAGGAAUCUUUGUACAGAGUCUAAUCCCAUUCUACGUGGCUACCAACAUGGCUGCACCCAGCAGCUUUCUGCACAAGUGCCCGUGGUUGGUGCCUUCACCAAAAGUAUAUGCACAUCAUGCCGUGUCUACCCUUGGCAUUUCAAAAAGGACCACAGGAUACUGGUCCCAUUCUAUCCAGUUUCUUUUUGCACAGUAUAUGCCUGAAUGGCUCUGGGUAUGGGGAGCAAAUAUCCUCAACCGUUCUCUGCGUAAGGAGGCCUCAUCCUGCAAAGCGUGAAACUGGAUGAUGGGUUGGGAAGCUUUGCCAACUCACAGGAACCUGCAGUAUUCUGACAUUUGGAAGAACACGUUUAAUUAAUUUAUCUUCUGUAUUUUCUUUUAUUACUGGUUAUUUAGCAUACUGCUGACUCACCAUUUGCAAAGCAAACGUAAUACUUGUAGAGAAUACUGUGGAAAAACCUCAAGGGCCACAUGGAUGGCGCAAAGUAAACAGUGACUGGGGCACAAGAACUGAUUGAGGAAACCUAAGUUUUGAUGUUUUUUUCUUCCAGCUGUUCAAAAGUUGUGUGAUUUAUGUUGUUCUAGGAGCUACAGCAAUCUGAUAUUGAAGUAUACUUAUAACAUGGCUUGUCGCCUCUUACAAUGUCAUAUGUUGUUUUUUAAGGGAAAUUAUUUCAGUAGAUGAGCUGUAGUAGUGGUUUUCAAAUGUUCGUCAGAAAAGACUAUUUACAAGUGUCAUUUUAUAAGUAAGAUUGCUGGUAUGAUUAGCAGUAGAAAUCUGUGUGUGUUAAUAUUGUAUAGCUGUAGUUGUUUGUGAAUGAAAAUGCUGCUCUUCAACUGAUAUUUCAUUAGACAACUGAAUAUGUAUGGAUGUUGUAUGCAUCUGGGCAACUCUGGGUAAGUUACUUUAAAAAAAUUUUUUGUCAAGCUGGUUUAAUGGGGAACCUUACAGGGUAUUAAAAUUCUAGAUUAUUCCUCUUCAUACUAAAAAAGCUUACCCAGUUUUGUGCUAUAGGCUUGCCAUGUACAAUAUUACUUACAACUUUUUUUUUUUAAAUCUACCAUGGACUUCAUUACUAGAUUUGGACAUGUAAUGAUCGACUGUUAUUAGCCUCUUGAUUUAUAAUUAUCGUGGAUAAGUAGUGAUUUCUGAGCCAAUGACCCAUUUUAUAAUUGAAAUUUAGCUCUUUAGAGCUUGAUAAAUCUGGUUCCAUACACUUUUUAAUGUAAUAUUAUUUUAUUCCAAUAGCAUUGUUGGUGUAAACAUAUUUGUGGAAUAGUAGUUAAAAUGUGGACAGAUUAUAUGUGUGAUAUGUAUUGUAUCUGUUGAAAUAAGUUAGAAGCUCAUUCUUGGUUCUUGAGAUUAAUUUUUGCAUUAUAGUGAAUACUUGUAUUGGUGUGAAAACAAUGACGCAGACCCCCUCCCCCUGCCCCCACCCCCAACACGGGUUAGCACUGAUACCUGCUGUGGGGUGCUUUUGGCUCAGGUCCUAUUAAACCAAACAUUUUGAGGACCACAUACCUAGUGCUUUGACCAUUGUAAAUCAUUAUUUGAAUAUGACAGUAGGUACAAAGUAAAAAUUUGGAGUUUAUUGGGAAACUGAUCCAAAAGCAGGGAAACUGAUGCAAAAGCUAGGAAACUGAUGGAAAUCAGGACUUUUAUGGAAUUGUUUUCUCCUGAGGUCAUGUUCCAUUAUGUGUUGGCCUAAACAUGCUUUUAUGUUGUGACCACAGUUUUGCUAGUGACAUUGCCUCAGUAUUUCCAGAUAUCACUUGGACUCAGUUCAGAAGCUCUUCCACUUAUAGGUUGGGCCUUCACAUGAGGAAGACAUUCAGAUGUGAAAACUUACACACUAGCCACACUAGUGUGUUGAUGGAGUUGGCUUAGAAGCCUUUAUUUGGUCACAUUUGGCAUUUUCCCUCACUCAACAAUUAAUUUAUUGUCAUUAAAACUAGAAAAAAAUUGACUUUAUGCUACAUUGACCUGAACUUUGACAUGUAAUGAGAAGCAGCAACUUCAUGGAAAAAAUACUGUAUUUAUACCUAAAGUAUCACGUGGUACAGCAGUGUCUUAUAUUUUACAGAUUAGGUAUUGAAUCAUUGUUACAUAAUGAAAAUAACUAAACCAUGUCAGUGAUGUUUUAGAAUUCUCUGCCUGGCAGAACGUAUGUAAAUGAACUGAAUGGUGCAAAGUUAAAGAUCAAAACCAAGAACCUUCCAUAGGUUUUGUCUUUCACAAAAUACUUUUUCCAAGAGCUCAUUUUAGAAUCAUAAUUGGACCACUGUAGAUGGGAUUUCUUAUUAAAAAUGUGGGAAAUAACCUUUGAAACAACACGUGAACUGAAAAUUUAACAGUGAAAGUGGUUGUUUCCUCUUUUGGAAGAGGUUUUGCUCCAUAUAUUUGUAAAUGAGUUUCUGGAAUGAGAGAUACAUUUUUUUCUCAUAGGAACAAAUAUUUUAAAAUUACAAAAACUGAAUUUAUGAACACCUGUUGUUGCAAUUCAUUAAGAGCUGGUAAUUCAGCAAAAAAUUGUACAUAAGUAUUUCUUUUGAAAAUCCUAAGUUGACUUCUUCAUCUCAUUCUCCUGACAGGUUGAGUAAGGUGAAGGUUGAUUUUGAUCACCGACUUUGGCAACAUGGAGGUCGCUGGCAGUUUUGCCAUGAGCCAUUUCAUCGAUUGGUGGGGAUGAAAGGUAGAUUGUAAUGGGUUUGAGAAAGAGUGGAAAGAACAGGGAGGCAACUCUGUUGAGGAGUCUUUGUUUUGUUUUAACCUCAGUUAAAAUCCUGUCACAUUUGGGAACCAGAGGGUUUUAGGUCGUGUCCUCCAUUUUUGACACUGUGUGCCCUCCGAAACCAAUUCCUGUCUCUCCGUGUCUCUGUCUCAGUAUUGGCUAAGCUGUUACUCUUUAAAAUAACAUUUAAUUUGAAUAAAGAUUUACCUCCAUGGAAUUAUGAAUGCUUUAUUACACACAUGAAGCAGGAAGUUGCUAUAGA